AUGAAGAUUGAAAUUCUGGACAAAAUUGCCCAAGUAGCUUUUGACAUCAAGGCCUAUCCAGAUCAUGAUGAACUCGAAUCCAUUGCUUCAGCUCUGAUAAUCAAGUACCCUUGCCUCAAAGAGCCUGGUAAAGGCAAAGGCUAUGAAGGAUGGCUGGUUAGCAUUCGGAACAAGCUCAAUAAUUACAGAGCAAAGCUGCGAGAGGCAGGUUGCAGUGAAGUGUCAGUUAACAAAAAACGAAAGCCAAAUGGGGAUGAAACUAAAUACACCCUUAAAAGAGCUAAACGUGGAGAAGUGAACCAUGUUCCUGAACAUCCAGAACAACAUGAUGAUGCCUCACUUGAGGAGCAAAGAGUUCUCUUGGUGGAAGCAUCCAAGAAGGCACGACUUGAUCAUUCAUUUAUUAGGGAGAAGAUGGACUUAACUUUCUCUCUAAGGAGAAGAGAGGUCGUGGAGGAGCAACCCAUGGUGAUGGAAAUCCAGGAGAGAUGGCCUGCUUUGUUCUUUAAAGAACAGAUCUGUGAGGAGUUUUUCCGCAUCACAAACAAGGAAUUGCUGGGAACAUUCAGAGCUGCAGUGGACAAGUACACACCGAAACUUCUCCGGCUGUACCGUGCCCGAAAAGGAGCUUUUGGGAAGGACAUGGAAAAUCUCUUGGAGAAACUUGAGGAUGAGACCUCUAACAUUGUCAGACAUCGCAAGGAUGCUGCACUUCGAGGCCUUCCAGUGUUCCUUCGGGACGAGCCCAAAGAACUUUUCAAACAAUGUCUAGAGUCUGAUCCUAAAGAUGAGUCUACCAAGGGAGUGGCUGUGGGCAUACUCUUUGUUUUAGAGGACUGUGUUGCAACAACUUCAUCUGCAGUGGUGCAGAACAUUGCUGUGAUUUUGGAGGAAACCAUUGUCCU